GGAACGCGACCGGCCGCGCAGAACCCGACCGCGAUCCGAUGGAGCUGGCCGUGGCGAACGAGACCGCGUCGUCGUCGCCCGCGACGUCGGUGCUUCAGACCCAGUCCGGCGGCCGUCCGCAGAUCCCCGGCGUGCAGAUGGGUGUCACCGGGCUGUACGUGGUCGGCAUAUUCGGCAACCUGCUGGCGCUGUUCAUACUGCACAGGACCCGGUCGAGCAGCAACCAGAAGCACGGGUUCAUGUUGCGGUGCCUGGCCACCAACGAUUGCAUCGCGCUGGCCGGCAUGCUCAUCCAGAUGGUGGUCGGCGUCAGAUGGCCGGGCACCAAGUACAACGUGUGGUCGUGCCGGAUCCGCGUCCUGUGGCGGUUCUUCGGGCUGGGCUCCGGGUGCGUGGCCAUCGUGAUGGCCGUCGAACGCUGGCUGGCGCUCACCAAACCGUUUUUUUACCAAAAGCAUAUUAGUCUUCGUCUACUCAAACGAAUGAUGGUCAUACUUUGGUUAGGAGUACUGUGUUUAGUGUGCGCACCAUAUUUUGGAUUUGGUCUCUAUUGGGAUGAUAAAUCGUCUACGUGUGUACGUUAUCGGAAUGCUAAGAAGCCUUUGGAUGUCCUAUACGCUUACUUAUAUUUUGGCCAUGGUGUAUUUUUAUGCUUUGCAAUAGUCUACACGAACUUAGCCGUUAUGAAAGCUCUAUGUAUGAAAGACAGUCCUCACAACCACAGCGUGUUAAUGAGACGCAUCAGUCGAGGAUCGUCAUUGACUUGCAAUGCAACUACUAAAGAAGAAAGGGCAUUCGGAUGGUUAAUGGUUUUGCUGUGUGUCGCAUUUGUUACAUGUUGGGUCCCGCAAAUGAUAGCAAUACCAUUGUCCAGGUGGUUCAUUGUGGACGAGUCGAAAGUAAAGCCGUUCUUCAUCGCCGCGGACAUGCUUUUGGCUAUGCACUUCGCACUGGACCCGUACCUGUACGUGCUUCAGCAUUGGACGUUAGUUAAGUCUAUCUGCUUGCGACCAAAGAACAAGAAAAAUGCUAACGGUGGCAGCAUGAGCGUGAGUCGCAGCAGUUCCAUGAGAACAACAUGUUUUUCAUGGUUCUCAUGGCCAGUGUUUCACUGAAUAAAAAAACUCAAAUUUAUCGUAUCGUGUAACCACAUUACUUACUUUUUAUAUCAUAACAUUUUAUUAUACUUGUGAUAACGUUUCUAUUUUAAUAUUUAUCUG